CUAGUCCAUGUGGGGGCGCACGACCCUAGAUUUCACAGCACAGGGGCAUACUGUAUUUACGCAGGCAUCCUCAUAUUUUCAGAUUGCAGCGGCGGAGCUGCAAAUUCAAAUUAAGUGGACCUAACGGCGUUAUUCUUGCGACCAUUCGACAAGAUCCUGCUUAGUAGGCUAUACAUGCGCAUCUCGGGCUUGGGCUACCUGGGAGAAGCAGUGCCAACCACGGGUGAACGAAUGUUUAUGGUAGGCCUAUUUUACACUAGUCGUCAGCAGUGAAAGUGGAGGAGGCGGACAUUGUUAUCGUCCAGCACAAGAGGAUGAGCGGAGCAUGGUGCAAAAUAUAUGUUGACCGUAUCGGACAAUAUUCAAGAUCUUCGUUCGCAUUGUUGGUCCUGAAGAACAACAAGAUUUUGUCCAAUCGAUGCAUUCGCCAAUCCACGGUAAAGGAGUUCAUUUAAACCAAGCCACCCCAUCAGCACGCUGUCACAGCGCGUCGUUUUAAUGGCUCGCCGCCUCGAAUGCGACGUAAAACGAUGAUGUAUCGUGUUUUUUUCGCGUGUACCUAGUUAAAAUCGUAUUGAUUAUAGGAUAGAAACACAGUAGUUGGGAUCGAGGGACUCAUAGGCAACUAUAUGACAUUUCAGUGUCCCAUAAGGCCUCUUCAAUUCGGUCCAAUAGGAGGAUAUCGAGUGAGAACCGUUGGCUUUUUCAGAUUUCUCUGUUUUCAUUCAAGACCACGAUAACCGGGGAAAGCCAUUGGGUGCCUAACCUAAUUCUGGAGGAAUACACUAACCCAAACAGAAGCCUCUCCCGUGCCUAUCGCCGUUUUUUAUUCUACCAUAUUCAAAUUUUCAUACAUAGACUGCAAUUUCCAACGGGCCAUUCUGCAGAUUUAAUGUCACAAUUUGACUAUCCGGAAUAUUUGUAAAUAUCGACAGGGGCUAUAUUGUUUGCAGUUAGCAAACUGCAUCUAUAUCUCAGGUAUUGUCGGCCAAGUUGGAUACAAAAAGAUGGGUAGCGACAGCGAGGUCUUUAACAGAGAAUUAUCAAAGAUGUCCGACGACGAGUUAAUGGCUUGCUCCAAGGAAGAACUACUGAGCCGACUGCGUAAAGAGGAGUCCGAAAAGAUGUCUGCUCUCAUUCAACGUGGACGUCUGAUCAAAGAAGUAAAUAAACAGCUGCAGGGACACCUCCUGGAAAUCAGGGAGCUGAAAGUCAUCAACCAGCGUCUACAAGAAGAAAACACAGAGUUGCGAGACCUUUGCUGUUUUCUUGACGACGAUCGCCUAAAAGUUAAAAAGCUGGCAAGAGAAUGGCAGCUGUUUGGGCACCAUGCGGCUAAAGUGAUGCGGGAAGACCUUGGCGGAUACUUGAAGAAACUUGCAGACCUGGAGCGAAUGCAGGACGGACUGGUCAAGGAAAAUUUGGAUCUUAAGGAGCUCUGUUUGGUCCUGGAGGAGGAAUGUGUCAGUCGAAGUGACUCGAGCCCCGGUGGGUCGACUGAGCUCAACCUCCCCUGCAUGGUGGCCCGGGACUUGGGGGACGGGAGUUCAAGCACAGGCAGCGUUGGGAGUCCAGACCAACUUCAUCUGGUGUGCUCACCUGAUGACAGGAGGACAUCAUUUGGUUGAGAGGGUUCUCCGGUUGAAGACAAUAAACUGCACGGGAGGCUUUGUCGGUGAAUUCCAUAAUAAUCAGAUAAAAAAAAAAAUAAUGAAAAAUAGUAAUUGCAUUAGUUCCUUCACCUCACUCCGAUUUUUCUUUGUAAUUUUGUUUUGCUGGAUCCUUUUGAAAUGACUUGACUUGAUUAAUUGAUUUAGCAUUACUUAUUAUGUCAGUAGUGGGGACUUUUCGCUAUUCAGUUGUAGAUUAUUACUUAAGAAAUUGCCACACAAAAAAAGGUUUUGCAUAUGAUGUUACUUCAUGCACUGGAAUAGCCUACACUGGUGCUGGCCGUUUAUUAUUGCACUGGACAAAGAUAUGAUGGAUAUCUAAAGAUGCAAUCAAAUCAGAUUUGAGCCAUAAAGUCUACUGAAGUCCACAGGCACUGAGAUAGAUACAUUGCGUCAAAAAAUACCACUUUUUGAAUACGUUUUCUUUUUGUUACACGCCUAUAGCUAUGUGUGACCGUUUAUGCAUUCUAUUCCUCAGGAAAGGAUCGGAGUGCCAUGCAUGGGGAUCAUCACAGUUAAUAAGGGCCAAUAGGCAACCCUGGUUUUUCAGGCCCUUUGAGUUUACUUGAAGGUUGUUCAUAAUGUGAAGCUCUGAAAAAAAAGUCUUCAUGUCAGUUUAGGUCUUGGAUUUGCAUCACUGAUAACACUGGACCUCUCUUAGAAAAAUGAAGUGCUAAUGCUUAACGUUUAACACUUUUGUAUGAAAACUGGAACUCUUUGUAUCAAACUGGAAAGUCUACAAUUUUACAGUUAUUUAUACACAUAAAUAGAAAGGAAAGUUGUUUUAAGUCAUCUGUACUUUAUUCUGUAGUUACAUUGUUGUUAUUUAAAUUAGUAGGCCUCACAUUGGAAACAAACACGUCUUUAAGUUUGCAAUAGUAAGGGUUAAUAUGAAUCAAAGUUUUGUGUUAACUCUGUAACAUUAGAGAUACCCUAUUAUUACCAUGCUUUUCCUUAUCAGUAUUAUCUUGCAGUUUAUCCCUACACACCUUACCUUUCUAUUAUAGAUAAUGCACAUGGAUUGAAAGAGGUUUGCUUUAUUGUUGGCUGUUAUUGCUGGGUUAUGCUCUUAAUGAAUUGAAGAGCUUUAAAUACAAUGGGUGUGACUCUUGAUUUGUUCUGAUCUUUCCUUCUGUAUUUAACUUUAGGAAACAUGUAUUCUAUGACACUUGUGUCUAUCAAUGUCCUGUCCACUUAACCAGAGACACACUUGGAGAAUCCUCGUUUUUUUUGUUGGACAGCAAAGAAGUCUGCAUAGGUAUUGGUGCUUUUGCCCACAAAGUUUAACAAAGUGUCAUUCAUCCGCUACUUUGAUGUUACACAAUGAGCAUUAGGACCCUAGGGUUGCACACUAUCAAUUCUCAAACCCUUUUACCAACUUUGAAAGAUAGCAGCUUUGAAAUAGGUCAAGCAUAAGGCAUAUCACAUCAAAAAAAACGUUCAAUUAGUCAGAAUAACAGUUUUAUCAAAAAAUAUAUUAUGCUCUCCAAAAUAAAUAUAUUAUUGGAAUUUUAAAACUGAAUAUGAGCUGCUAGGUCCAGCCUAAGUAGUCAAUCAUUACUUUUCAAUUAUUUUAAAUUCUAUCAUAUUACAAAAAAUAGGUUUGUAUAAAUAGCCAACACUUCCUUAAUGUGAGAAACACAGUACAGGAAGAAUUUCACUGUAAUGUUAUCACAUUUGUUAUUCAGCAAAAUUAGAUUAAACAGUCAAAUAUAAAUG